GCGGCAAGAGCUGGAAGAAGGUGCCCAUCUCAAAGAAGCUCCCUGGCGAGCCGAAGGUCAUCGUUGCCCUGGGGCCGGGCAAGGCGGAGAUGGCAACCUCCAGUGGAGCUAUCUAUGUGACCGAGAACGAUGGCAAGAAUUGGAAGUCGCAAGUGUCUGAGACCAUCGACGCAACGCUGAAUCGCGUCUCCCAGAGCGGUGUUUCUGGCGGAAGCUACUUCACCGGCAGUGUCAAGUCCAUCAAACGGAACUCCAAGGGCGAGUACUUGGCCAUUGCACAGCGCGGAAACUUCUACUUGAGCUUCGUUCCUGGAGACACCCGCUGGGUGCCGCACAAUCGUAUCUCCGCCAGACGUAUCCAGGGCAUGGGCUUCAGAGAGACCGCCAACGGCGAGCAGUUGGACGGCGCUUGGAUGAGCCUGAACGGUGGUGUGGUCACGGUGUGCGACAAGAACACGUUCACGGAUCUAGCCUCCGACACGAAGGAGUUGUUCCAGCUCGCAAAGAUCCGCUCAGGCGGUAUUGGCAUCAUCGAUGUUGGAUACCGGACGCCGAACGAGUGCUGGGCAACAGGAGGCAGCGGCGUGAUCUACACCUCCAAAGAUGGCG